GCAGUUUACGUGAGGUAGAAAAAAAAAAAAACUACAAUGAAGUUGUGUUCAUUAUGUAAUACUAAAUUCACGGACGGUGUUCAGUGUGCGUCCUGUAAGAAAGUCCUCGAUUUUGGAUGUGCAAACAUCUCUGAAUCUGGCUGGCGUAAGUUAGGAGCAGACCGAAGAGCACAGUGGAGAUGUGCUUCAUGCAAACUAUCAUCACCCGUAGCCAGUGCACUCCCAGCUCAGGCUGAGGCCACCGACUCCGCGGCCUCCCUAGAGACCAUUCUCCGUGAAAUUCGGGAUAUGAAACGCCAGCUAACUAGCUUACCGACACUAGUAGAAGAGAUAAGACUAAUCAAAGAUGAGAUAUCCGAGUUAAAGGCAGCCUGUGACAUAUCUCGUAACAAAGUAGAGGAAUUCAAUACCAGACUUCUGGAGGUGGAGGCUGAGCUGGCUAAAACUAAACACGAGCUUACUGCGCAAGAGCAACGGUCCCGGCUUAACAAUGUUGAGAUUAAAGGCAUCCCGCUAAAGAAAGGUGAGAAUCUAUUUUCAUUAGUAGACGCAAUUGGACGCAAGAUCGACUACGUCUUCCCGAAGUCACAAAUUAAUUAUAUCUCAAGAGUUCCUAUGUACAACUCCAAUGAGAAACUGAUCAUAGUCAGUUUUCUCAAUAGGUACAUCAAAGAAGAUUUUAUUGCUGCCGCACGAAGCACCAGGAACUUAUCUACAACUGAUCUAGGGCUUCUGGGAGCGCCUCAACGUGUCUUUGUUAAUGAUCACCUAAGUGCUGACUCUAAAAAGCUGUUAACUAAUGUUAAAAACCUUGCUAAAGAAAAGCACUAUGAGUAUGUAUGGGUCAAGCAUGGCAAAAUUCAUGUGCGGAAAAAUAAUACCAGCAAAGCCUUUGUUAUUGUAAGACCGAAUGAUUUAAACAAAGUUGCUUAAAAUAUUGUCAACAUGUAACAGUGCUCUUCUUAGUUCCGUAUAUCUCAAUUACUUAUUUUAAUUUUGUUUCAUAUUUAUCAAAUGCAAUGUUUCAUCUGUGUAAAAUGUUUCGCACCUCUGCCUCGUUAACGACUCGGACACAUCUCUUUUGUAUUCGCAUAAUAGUUUUUUGUAUUCAUUAUCGCGCUGUUCACUUCACAAUAUUAACUAAUAAAAAUAUACCCUUCUCGCUUGUGCUUGCGCUUGCCGCGUGCUAUUUCUUGCCUUUUUGCGUAAAUGCUUAUUACUAUUCCUUUUCUAAUGCCAUUUGCUUAAACAUCUACCUACUUCUUGCAAUCUGUGUUAAUUACUUUAUUAUAUUUUUUGCUUAUUUUGAACUAAAUUGGUUUAUUGUACCCCUAUUUAUUACACAUACAAUUGUUGUUUUUACUUGCUAUGGCUAUUAUUGACGAACGUCGGCUUUCCUUAUAUUAUCAGAACGUCCGAGGGCUACGAACCAAAACCGACACUUUUUAUCGGCAAGUCUUAAUGAAUUCAUACGAUAUUGUUCUGUUGACAGAAAGUUGGC